CUCUUCUGCUCUCUUUGAAACCCAGGUAUGCAGUAUUCUUCCCAUCUGACCGUCUUGUCGAUUCUCACGCGCGCCUUCUCACUGCAGCCAGAUCUACAGGCUUCCCAGGCUCUCAAGCGAACGCAAUCGCACCAUACCAUCGAACGAUUCGUCGUCGCCAGACAUUUGACAAUUUUCAAGGUUUCUAACUUUGUCCGUGCAACGCAAUGUCGUGGUUUAACUUUCCUUUGGCCUGUGACGCCCAGCCCGCCGGGUCCAAGCGCCAAUGCAAUGGCGGCGCAACCCUUUCCGAUUUGAUGAGACGAACGCCCCGGAUGGCUGACGAGAUGUCCAUCCCAACCAGGAAUCCGUGGAAUGUCGCCAUCUCG